UGGGUACUAGUUGAGCGGAAAUCAAGGCAACAAAGCUCUACCUCGAACUGAUGGAAAGCUCGCGUUCAAAUGUGCGCGAGAUCUAGAAUUUAAUGUCGAAGAUCGAUGAGACGCAGGGUAACAGAGCUGAUUCCGUAAACAGAACUAGUCAUCACUCAGUUGCCGCCUACAGAUUGACUAAAAAUUUCAUUAUUGCCAUUAUCAUCAUCAAUUAUUUUCAAAAAUAAAAAUGACGUGGUACCUAUUUCAUUCAAUAAAAGUUCAACGUUCACUGACAGCUGACAUGAAAUCAUUCUAAUUAUGAAGUGGUACUGAUAUUUGAUUAAUUAAUUUUUUUUUAUUUCAUUUUUUUUAAGCGUUUUUUUGCAACAUGGUGAUUUACGUGGCACGGUGAUAGUGUCUAUUUUUAAUUCUUCAUUCAAAUUAUUAAUUUUAUUGUAAAAAAAAGUUUUACGAGUAAUAAAUAAAUAAUUUACGAAAUGGUGAAUUGGAAUCGAUUUUUAAAUGUUGCCCGGUAUUGGAGCAUCUGAAAUAAAUAUUUAUGAUAAAGGAUUCAAAAGAGUGAAUUGGAUCGUUUGUAUUGAUGUUGAAGAGUUUGUUUUAAAAAUAGUUUAUAUUAUAAAUUAUAUUAAUAAUGAUAAUGAUAUUGAUGAUAUUUUAAACAGAUCUGAAGCGGUGGUAAUUAAGAAUAUUAAUUAUUUCAAUAAAUCAUGGCCAAAGAAAAUCAUUCGUACAGGUCGUUGCAAAUCACCUUCACUAGACUGAUUUAUUAUUAUUGUUAUUAUUAAUAUUAAUUAAAUUAAUGAAUAAUUAAUAUGAUUGUUAUUAACUUGAAUUGACUGUGGUAUCGAUAAACAAAAUAAAUGAACAAACAAUGCGUUAAAAAAUAACAAACAAUGCGUAACAAUGUGAAAUCUGAAGAACAACGCUGCCAGUGCGUGGACACGCGGAGGUGAAUCUUUGCUCGGUAUUAUCGCUGGGCAAGGAUCUCAGCAAGAUCGUGAUGCCAGUCACCUUCAAUGAGCCGCUUUCAUUUCUUCAACGAGUUGCUGAGUAUAUGGAGUACGCUAAGCUUCUUAAAUUAGCUGCUGCUGAAGAGACUCCGGUUAAAAGACUUCAAUACGUUGCUGCUUUUGCUGUGAGUGCACUUGCGUCUAAUUGGGAACGUCUUGGAAAACCUUUUAAUCCACUGCUCGGCGAAACUUAUGAACUAGAACGUCAAGAUUUCCGAAUUUUAUGUGAACAAGUAUCACACCAUCCACCGGUAUCGGCAUUUCAUGCCGACAGUGAAGAUUUUAUUUUUCAUGGCAGCAUACACCCGAAACUUAAAUUUUGGGGUAAAAAUAUAGAAGUUCAUCCAAAGGGUACUGUGACCGUUGAAUUGCCUAAAUGGAAGGAGGCUUACACUUGGCAGAAUGUCAACUGCAUAUUACACAAUGUACUUGUUGGACAAUUGUGGAUGGAGCAAUUGGGUGCAUUGGAGAUAAAGCAACACGGGGGUGCUAAUCUUAGAGCGACAUUGUCAUUCAAGAGCGCCGGGUCUAGUGGAAAAGAUUUGCAUCGCGUCGAGGGUUUUAUUACCGAUUCCGAGAAAAAACGUCUAAUUUUUUUGUAUGGAAAGUGGACAGAAAAAUUACUCGCAUGUGAACCGGGUUUGUACGACGAGACACUUGAAAGGAUAAAGCGUGAUGCCAAAAGUCCAAUAGGUAGUCCAGGUCAUAAAAAAGUACUUGCGAAGCUCAAUAGUUUGACAAUAGGCGCUUUCAAGCCGUCACAUCAAGACGCUAUUGACGAGUCAACCGACGGCGAAGACUGUCUUCCAGUAGAAGAAAUUCCCGGUUCUACAACAUUGUGGGAAGUUGCUCCCAGACCUGCCAACAGUGCAGACUAUUAUCAGUUUACACAAUUCGCCAUGGCUUUAAAUGAAAUGGACGCGAGUAUAAGUCAAAAGAUAUGUCCAACUGAUUCAAGAUUGAGGCCGGACAUCCGUAAACUCGAGAACGGCGACCAGGACGGUGCGGCUGCUGAAAAAAUAAGAUUAGAAGAAAAACAACGUGACAGCCGACGAUCUAAAAAGCACAAAAAAACUGUAGAAACUUUACCUCGAUGGUUCCAAUCAGGUGAGAACCCAUACACUGGAUUGGAAGAUUGGCUGUAUCGCGGCGGAUACUGGGACAGAAAUUUUUCAGACAUCGAAGAUAUUUUUUAGAUAUUUCCACACACGAUUCUAAAGAUGAUUAUUUGUCAAAUAAAUUCGCUUGUGUGUGACUUGUACCUUCAAACUGUCGUAUCAUUAGGAGACUUGUAUUCAAUUAGUUUAAAAAAAAAAAAGUUAUUACAUAAAUGUAUAUGUAUAUGUAUAUGUAUAUGUAUAUCUAUAUGUAGAAAGUAUAUUUCAAUGAAAUUAAAUUGUGUAAAUUUAUGUGAGAAGUGAUUUAAUUAAUUAAUUAAUUAAACUAAAUGUACAUUUUUAUGAAAUGAGUAAUUAUUGUUGCAGAGUACUCUAUUUAUGUUGAGUAAUGAGUAUUAAUAAACAAGUACGGGCGAUAAGAAAGAGUGAAGAGUAAAUGAUAAAUGAUAAUAAUAUAUAUUAUUUAUUAUGAUAAAUUAUAUUGGAUAUUUAAGUUAAGUCAUUGACUGUUUAUUGCGUGAUUUUGAUCACUGCGGUAUCACAAUCGUAGUGUCAUUAGAUUGAUAAUAUAUAUAUAAAUAUAUAUAUAUAUAUAUAUUCGUCCACACGCGAUGUAUAGUUGUGAUGCCUAUAUAUGAUACCUGACACUCAAAUAUAUGAUUAAUCUAAAAAUAAAAAAAAAUAUAUACAUAUAUAAAUAUAAUAUAUAUAUACAACAAUAAUUUUUUUCUUGUACACUUAAAGCGCUAUAUUUAGAUACGUAAAAAUGGUGUCUAUACGUAAAAAUUGUAUCUAAAAACAAACAAAGUAUUUAAAAAAUUAUAAAACUGAUGAAAAAAAAUAUAUUUAAAAAUUGUAUAUUUUAUUUAACGAUGAAUAUUUAAAACAAAAGUAUACAAUUAAAUAUUUGCAGUAAUGUGUGUGAUUAUUAUAAAAAUUAAUAGAUGCGAUGUUUAGUCUGAUGAAUUUUUUGACUAUUUAUACUAGACAGCUUCCAAAUAAAAAUUAAAAAAAAAAUGACAUUUAUUUCUUAUAAAAAACAAAUUUGUAUUCGAUGCUUAAUGUGCCAACCGACUGUUUAGAGUCAGAAUGCAAAAGAAAAAGAUUUUGUGAAUUUAAAGUUUAAGUUUAAAUAUUUAUUUGAAUUUUAAGCGCGAAAAUGUAGAGGUGAUUAUAUAGAAGUUUGUUUAUAACUUUGAAUUUGAUUUAUGAGAGGCGUAAAUGAUUAAUUUGAAUCGAUUUUGGAUAGCGGAAAAAAUGUAAAGUUUUUAUCGCUUUUCAAUGGAUUAUUUUUAGAACAAAGCUUGUUUAAUAAACGAGUAAAUUUAAAUAGAGCUAUUAUUUAAUAUAGUCUUUUUUUUUUAUUUAUCAAUUCACCAUUAGCUGGAGUAGAAAAAACUGAAUAAAUAUAAAAAAAAGCUUGACCCAGUUUAGAUAAAAAUUAGCCAUUGUGUGUUCCUGGGCUUCAUUACCAUUCUAAGCAAACUGGAAACUAAAAAUAAACAGUAGCAAUAUGUAGUAAUAAUGCAACAUUAGUUGAAAUAAAAAUGAAAAUAGUUGAUAAAUAAAUGUCCUGUAAUAGAAAAUAAAUCAACAAAAACAACAGCUUGUACAUCGCAAUAAAAAAUUAAUUCAUGCA